GACCCGAAUCCGUCCGCUUGUCUCUUGCCAUCGGAGCCACCCCUCGCCUGGCCGGGUCCCGAUAUCCUGACUGACUGACCAGGCCCUGACUGACGGAGGGGACUGUGUGACCGACACACCGACAGCCCGCGCCAGAAGGACAGACUCCACGCAUGGCGUGUGACAGGAGCAGGGUGGACCUGCCCCACGUAGAAUGCAAGGACCAGGAGCCACAGCUGCUGGGGGAGAGCAAGGAGCGGCAGCAGGGCGAGGAGAGCCGCGAAGAUGAACCUGGUCGGGGGUCAGCUAGAAGUCAGGUUUCUAGCCCCUCUAUCGCCACCUCCAGUGCCAACCGCCAGCUGAUGAUGCUAGAAGGGAAGUUAGGAUCCUACUUUUCCUCUCUGGACUCAAGCAUCGACAUCCUGAAGAAGAGAGCCCAGGAGCUGAUUGAAAACAUCAACGAGAGCAGACAGAAGGACCACGCACUCAUGACCAACUUCAGGGACAGCCUUAAGAUCAAGGUUUCAGACCUGACAGAGAAGCUAGAGGAGAGGAUGUAUCAGAUUUAUAAUCAUCAUAACAAGAUCAUUCAGGACAAACUCCAAGAGUUCACCCAGAAAAUGGCGAAGAUCAGCCAUUUGGAAACAGAGCUCAAACAAGUGUGCCACACUGUGGAGACAGUGUACAAAGACCUGUGCAUCCAGCCUGAGGCUACUACUUCUGAAGAAGAACAGGCCUACAGAGAUGGCGAAUGCUGAGAGCCACCGGGAGAGUCCCCUCUUAGUGACAGCCACCAAGAGAAGGCUCAGAGGCCACCAUGUGGGCCAUGCUGAGAAUAUUGUUUUUCACAGUUCUGUAAUGCAUCUUGGCAAAAAAACAAAAAAAACAAAAAAACCCCUAGAGUCCUUGUGCUAGACCCAAAACUUCAAGUCCAGCCCUGGCCACGGGCCUGGCUCUGGUGCUCCCCACACUUGGCAGAUGCACCCCACCCAGCCCUGCACAGUUGGUUAAACGUUUGAUUUUCAACCCAUUUAUGCUUCUUUCCAACGACACUGAGAAAGCUGAUGAGCUCUGUGGAGAUAUGUCAGGCCCUUUCUUACGCUCUCAAGUCUGGGUUACAUUUU